AUGGACCCCCCAGCCAACCCUUGGAGAGGAUUUGAAGUGGAUGUGGACCUUGGUUUUGCCCUUUUCUUUUUCUUCCUCCUCUGCUUCUUUUUGCUCGUGACAAUUGUGCGCUGUGCUAACCUGGUGCUGGAUCCGUGUUUGUACUUGAUCCUCAGCUUAUAG